AUGGAGCCUUCUCAACAAACACCAUCAUCUGCCAGAGGAAUGCAUACCAAGCCUGGACAACAAAGGACGAUUCCACGGCAAGAUAAUAUGCCUGACAAGAAACCGCUCGUCACUAUGCCUCACACACUUCACGAAGUAAUUGUUUCUCUCAAAUUUCAGUUCUCGGCAUCAACAAGUCGCGCAAUGAAUUCUCGACUGGCAAGAAACAGAACAACCUCAGAAUCGGCAGUGAUCCAUGGAAAACAUGCUGCCACCACGCCACUCGUUUUUGAUCAGGAAAUCACGCUUGAGGGAAAUAAGCUGGUUCACCUCCCUCCACAGUCUCAGCCGAAGAGGCUGUUCUAUGCUCUUUCCCUUUCAUUUUAUAUACCUCAGAGGAUGUGUGAUUCACUUCUCUUCGGUUUUGAUUUUCAUUGGGUGUGA